AAAAAAUGGAAUGGAAGAGAAGAAGAUUUAUGGGUCCUAGCCAUGGCACAAUAUCUCGAAAGUUUUAAGUCAUCUCAUCAUCUGUCUGCAAGAUUAUAUCCUUUUGCUAAUUAAAGUUUUAUUCAAUCCAUUUGUUGAGUUUUUUUAACCACAAUACAAUCCCUAUGUAUUUCUCAACUAGGUCUUGAGCAGUUGGUCUCAUCACAGCUUCUAAAUUAAUCGCCAUCAAAUUUUAUUACAGAUUGAAAGUCCAUCUUUUGCAGUAAGUUGCUUCAUGCUUGGGGGUAUAGUUGUCAGAUUUCAUGGAUUCGUUGGAAUGACUAAAAGAAAAGAAGAGGGGCUGGUUUAUUGUGAGUGAAAUAAUAUUGUCCAUUAGACUAGCUAAUGCCACAUGUCACAAAUCGAGAGGGGUACUGGGGGAACUUGAGGGAAGGCCUACUGGAGAUAACAAUAACAAAGCAAUUAAUUAGUUAAAUAAUAAGGAAGAAGGAAAGAAGGGACAAUAAUACAGGUUAUGGAAAUUAUGAUGUGAGAUUCUCUCUUGCAAUUUGCAUCUUCUUUUCUUCAACUUCUCUCCAUGGCUGUUGAGAAAGGCAAAGACCAAUCGUCGCUUCCAGUUCGUCCUUGGAAAUAUGACGUCUUCUUGAGUUGUAAAGGUGAUGAUACUUCAAAAACCUUUGUAGAUCAUCUCUGCUUAACAUUUUACCAAGUUGGGAUCAACACUUUCAUUGCUGGUGAUGAGCAGCUCUCUGAAGCCGCGAAUGCAAUUGAAGGAUCAAUCAUUUUUAUUAUUAUUCUCUCAAAAAACUAUGCGUCAUCAAGAAGGUGUCUUAAUGAGCUUUUGCAUAUCCUUGAACUCAAGAACAACUCCAAACGGUUAGUUCUUCCUAUAUUCUAUGAUGUUGAUCCUUCUGAUGUGCGCAAGCAAAAUGGAAUAUUUGCUGAAGCCUUUGCAAGACACGGAACAUGUUCCCAAGAGGAAAUCAAUAUUCUACUCUGGAAAGAUGCACUCAAUAAAGUUGGCAAUUUAUCAGGAUGGGAUCUCCGGCAUGUUGCUCAAGGGUUUGAAUCAAAAUUUAUCCAUAUAAUUAUUGAGGAAGUCUUACAGGAAGUCAAAUCUCGCACACCCCUCCACAUUACCGAGCACCCUCUGGCACUUUAUCCCCGUGUUAAUGAAAUAGAGAAGUUAUUGUUCAAAGGUGGUUGUGAUGAUGUUAGAGUUAUUGGGAUUCAUGGCAUGGGUGGAAUCGGCAAAACAACUCUUGCAAAAGCUGUGUUCAACCAAGUUCUUCAGCAUUUCGAAGCAAGUUGCUUUCUUGAAAAUGUGAAAUUAGAGGCUUCUGAAAGACAUAAUGGAUUAGUUCAUUUACAAGAGAAACUUCUUGGAACAAUUCUUAGGAGAAAGAUCAAAGUAUACAAUGUUGAUGAGGGCAUUACAUUGAUCAAAGAAGGGAUUUGGCAGAAAAAGGUUUUCAUCGUCCUUGAUGAUUUGGACGAUCAAUGCCAGUUAACUGCAUUGCUUGGAGAACGUGAUUGGCUUCGCCCGGGGAGUAGAGUUAUCAUAACAACUCGAGACAAGCAUUUGCUCAAAGAACUGCAGAUGAAUGAGCAAUAUGAAGCCAGGAAAUUGGAUCACAAAAGCUCGUUACAGCUCUUCACAUUCCAUGAACAAACAAGCAUGGAUAUUUUACACUAA